UUUCCCUUCUGUGGAAUCAAUCGAUCUAAGCCUGUUCUUCAAUUUCACAAAAUAUAGGUUGCUGCUGCUAUAGCUUAUUUGGAAAUUCCACCUCUAUAAAUAUCCCAAAAAUCAAAAUCAAAGAAAGAUAUCUAUUAAUUCCUUCCAAUUAAAUUAUAUAUAUAUAUACGUGCAUGCAUGAAAUUGUUUUAUUCCGUAAUUAAUAAUUAUAUAUUUUACAUAAUAAAAGAGCAAGUGUAUACACAAUAGUUAUAUAUAUGAUAAUGGAGAAAUGCAAGGUUGGUUUUGGUGAUUACCAUCAUCAUGAUGAUGAAGAGUACACUAAAUUAGUAUUUGGAUCAGAAGCCAAUAAAGAUGGGAUUCACAGCGGAUCAGGAGCCACCAUCAAAGUGGAGAAGCUUAUUACGAGCUUUGUGAUAAGAUAUGUAAAGGCUGAGAGGGUAAGGAGCUUGCACCGGCUGAAGCUGUGGGCGGUGGGAUCGGCCACCGCCGCCUUCUUCGUCUGUGCUUGUCUGCUGCAGCUCACUACCCUCACUGAGUUCAUGAGACAGCCCACUUCCAUCUUUCCUUCCUCUCCUCAACAACACAUCGCUCCUCCUCCCCAAAGAGUUUAUGAUAGCAAUGGGUUUUUGAUGGUUUCAGCUAAUGGGGGAUUGAAUCAAAUGCGAUCUGGUAUUUGCGAUAUGGUAGCGAUUGCAAAAUACAUGAAUGCAACGCUAAUAGUACCAGAAUUGGAUAAAACCUCCUUUUGGAAUGAUCAAAGUAAGUUCGAAGAUGUGUUUGAUGUGGAUCAUUUCAUCACAUCAUUGAGAGACGAAGUCAGGAUAUUAAAGAAGCUUCCUCACCAUCAUAUAAUUCAUCAUAAUCCCCCUUUUUCCAUGCCCCCUGUCAGCUGGUCCAAUAUGUCAUUUUAUCAUAAACUGGUAGUUCCAAGAUUGCAAAAAUAUGGAGUAAUUCAUUUCACCAAAAGUGAUUCAAGGCUUGCCAACAAUGGGAUUCCUUUAGAACUUCAAAAGCUGCGGUGUAAAGUAAAUUACAGAGCUUUGAAAUUUACUCCCAAAAUAGAAGAGACUGGCAAGAAGAUCGUAGAGCUUUUGAGAAGAAACGGCCCAUUCGUAGUUCUUCACCUAAGAUAUGAAAUGGAUAUGUUGGCAUUCUCAGGUUGCUCUGAAGGUUGCAACACUAAUGAAAUUGAAGAAUUGACAAAACUCAGAUAUGCGUAUCCAUGGUGGAAACAGAAAGAAAUAGAUUCUAUGAAGAAGCGAAAAAUGGGUGAAUGCCCAUUAACUCCAGAGGAAACAGCACUAACAUUGAGAGCAUUGGACAUUGAUCCUGCUAUGCAAAUCUACAUUGCUGCUGGUAACAUCUAUGGGGGGCAAAGGAGAAUGGCUGACUUAAAAUUAGCAUUUCCUCAUUUGAUUAAAAAGGAGACAUUGCUAGAGCCCUCGGAGCUUGACCCAUUCCGUAAUCAUUCCAACCAGAUGGCUGCUCUGGAUUACAUUGUAUCAUUGGAAAGUGAUAUUUUCAUUCCAACUCAUAGAGGAAACAUGGCCUUAGUCGUUGAAGGCCAUCGCCGAUACUUGGGUUUCAAGCCCACUAUCAUUCCAAACAAAAGGCUUCUGGUUUAUCUAAUAGACCAGUAUAGGAAUGGAAGCCUGAGCUGGAAUGAAUUUUCCCAAGCAGUGAAAAGCGGCCAUGCAGGUAAAUUCGGUAACCCAACUCCUAGACUGGAGAUUCCUGGCAAACCAAAGGAGGAACAGUACUUUUAUAGUAAUCCAUACGAGUGUUUGCCCCCAUUUACUCAAAAAUCAUCAUAGACUACUACUACAGUCAUAUUCAAUAGUGUAAUAUUGUGUGCAGUCAUCAUAGUUUUUACAGAAAAUGAUAUGCAACUUCUUAAGACUUCCAUGUUAUAUACAACUAUUAUACAAUGAAGAGAGUUUAGCUUGUAUUUGUUUUGUUUAUAGACUCAUUCCAAGUGGUUUUGAACCAUUUGUAUAUUACUCUGCUUUUUGCAGAAA